AAAAAUUAAUCAUCCUUAGAAGUAAUAUACUAGUAAAAAUUAUAAAAUGGUUAUUUUUUCUGUAAUAAGUAUUUUCAAAAUUAAUAUUCAAUUCAUUUUUAUUAUUAGAUAUAAUUAUGAAAAUUGAUUUGUUGUACUUCAAAAAUCGCGCUACAUUUCGUUGCAAUCAAAGAUAGCGCUAACGUUGAAUAGUCAAUUGAUAUGAAAAAGAUGAAGCUUCAGACAGUUAGGGCGCUUAAGUUAUAUAGUAUCAAAAGUUGUGACAUUUUUUAUCUCAGUGAUCUAUAAUCAGUAACACCGUGAUUUAUAUUUUAUUAUAAUAAUACUAAACUAUUGAUAUAUUGAUGAUUUUGAAAUACAUUUAAUUAAAAGGAUUGGGUUUCAACUAUUUGCAUUGUUGUUAAAUAAUAUGGAAAUUUUAGGUUACUCCAAUUCCCAAAAGCGGCGAGUUAUUUAUAAGUGGAAAAUUAAUGAAAUAAUUCCAUUUAUUGAAUCUGCUGAAAACAGUGAUGUAGAGAUAAUAAGACUGAACUCAUCUAAAUUUACCACAAAUGAGAAUAAUGAAAUUUCGUGGCAUUUACAGUUGCAACUAUUGAGAGUAAAGGGAUGGAUAACACUAUUCUUGUUUCAAAAUGAUGGAGAAGAAGAAAUAAGAAUUAAGUUUACACUAUUUAUGUUAGACAGCAAAAAUGAAAGACAGUUUGUCGAAACUGCCUGUGGAAAUGGUGAUUUUAAGAGUGGAUGUGGAUUUGACAAAUUUCUUGAAAUAAAAAAGUUAUUGGAAAAUAAAGAUGAUUUUUUACCAAAUAAUACAUUAACUAUAGGUGUUGAACUAACUGUUUACGAAGAUUAUGAAUCACUUACUACUGAAUAUCCAUUGCCAAAACGACAGCGUCAAAUGACUGAUGAUUUUAAAGAACUCUAUGAUAGUAAAAUAAACAGUGACGUUAUUUUAGUUGUGGGUAACGAAAAAUUCAAAGCUCACAAGAUCAUUCUGUCGGCUCGCAGUCCUGUAUUUCUUGCAAUGUUCACUCAUGAAAUGAAAGAAAAGAGAGACAACGAAGUUACUAUACCUGAUAUAGAACCUGAAAUUUUUAAUAAACUGUUGGAGUUUAUUUAUACCGAUGACAUAAAUAAUUUAGAUAUGGAUGCUGCGAGUUUAUUGGAAGCCGCAAAUAAAUAUCAAUUGCUGAAACUAAAAAGUUUAUGCGAAGAAUCAUUGUCUAAGUCGGCCAGUAUUGAUAAUGCCAUUAAACUUAUGAUUUUAGCAGAUCUGCACAAUGCUAAUCAAUUAUUCGAACGUGUGCUUGAAUUAAUAAUAAAAAAUAUCGAAGAUGUCAUUGAAACUCCAGAGUAUAAAAUAUUAGAAACAUCUCAACCACUGUUAUUAUCAAAAUUAAUUAAAAAAUUAGCGACUUCAAUGAAAUUCAACGCUACAAAAGAUGAAAAAUAAUUGAGAUAUUGUUCACUAAGCACUCAAUUAAUUAGAGAACGGAAUUUGAGCAGAAUAUUUACCUCAAAUAUUUGGAUUUUAUGAUUGGAAAACGAUACAUACUUAUUUUGAAAAUCUAAUAAUUUUUAUUUUUAGAAAAUAAAAUUUAAAUAGAUUAGAUAUUUACUGUUUUUAAAUAUACUAUUUUUAGAUUAUCAACUCGAAUAUUCAUUACCAUAAAAAUAUUUUUUAAUCCUAAGUACAAAUUAGUUUAUAUAAAUAAACAUUUUUUUUUAAAUUAUUGUCAAAUGUAAGCGUAUGAAAUUGGUCAGUGACGAUUGGGAACUUGUAGAAAUUUUUUUACUUUUAUAUCUUCUUUAUAAUAAAUUUUUUCUAAAAACUAAUUAAAUUGUACAAAAAUAU